CAGGUCGUUUAUUUGCUUUAAACAUUAUACUGAUAUAAGAUUAAAAUGCAAUAUCUAAAUCAAGUUUAAUCACAUUUUACCUUCCAAAGUCUGAUACUUCAACUUUUUAUUAGACAGCUAAGAUAAAAGUUUAUGACUAAUUUCACACCAAUCAGCUUUAUACAUUUAAAUAAAUUGAUUAAAGCUAUUAAGUUUAGCUAGUGUACUAACGUAACCAGGAAGUUAACUUUAAAAUAUUUGUGAAUUCAAAAUGGCGACUAGUUGUUCUGGAUCAGAUGAAUUUGUCAACUUUAAAUGUUGUUUAUGUGAAAAGAAACAUAUAACAAAAGAGGCGGAUACUUAUUGUGUGGAAUGUCAGGAUUAUUAUUGUACACCAUGUACAGACUUGCACAAAAUGUUUCCUGCAAUGAGCACACAUCAGUUUAUAGACAAGUCAAGUUUCAACACAGCUAACUUACAAAAAUCGUUGCCAAGUUUUCCAGUUGAAAAAUGUGAAGCUCAUAAAACCAAGUUGCUAGAUAUGUAUUGUGCAGAUCACGAUGAUAUCGCUUGUGCGACCUGCAUAGCUAUUAAACACAGAACAUGUGAAAAUAUACACUCGGUACCAGAUGAAAUUGAUACUUUGUAUCAGAAGACUGAGGUUGAGGAUAUGAAACAGGAGCUGCUUCGUAUUAAAACUAAAAUGGAAGACACAGAAAAAACUAAAAUACUUCUUAUCAAAGAGCUUAAUGCCCAGAAGGAGAAGGCAGCAGAGUCAAUCAGACAAUUCAGAAAAGAAAUGGAAGAAAUACUGGACACACUUGAAAAGGCGACAUUAAAAACUUUAGAGGAAAGGUACAAAAAUUGCAAAGAGAAAUUAGAGAAUGAGAUUAAAAACCUACAUAGACAUAUUGAUGAACUCAAACUAUCAUCACAAAAACUAAUUAAGUCAGUUGGGAAUAAAGCACAAGAGUUUGUCGCUGUGAAAACUUCUCGGAAACAAAUCAUUGAAGCUAAUGAAACAGAAGCAGAGUCUGUGAAAAAUUCAUCAGAUGUGAAAGUUGAAUUCAUUGCUGAUUAA